AUGGUUGCAGACAUCAACGUCGACGUACUCAUCAUCGGUGCAGGCCCAACAGGUUUGGGCGCUGCCAAGCGUCUGCAUCACCUUAACGGCCCAUCAUGGCUGAUUCUGGACUCCAGCGAAAAGGCCGGCGGUCUUGCGUCCACUGAUGUUACUCCAGAAGGCUUUCUCUACGAUGUGGGAGGACAUGUGAUUUUCUCUCACUACAAGUACUUUGAUGACUGUCUUGACGAGGCCCUUCCAAAAGAGGACGAUUGGUUCACUCACCAGCGCAUCUCGUACGUGCGGUACAAGAACCUGUGGGUUCCGUACCCCUUCCAGAACAACAUUUCGAUGUUGCCCAAGGAGGACCAAGUCAAGUGUAUAGAUGGCAUGAUUGACGCAGCCCUCGAGGUGCGCGUUGCCAACACCAAGCCAAAGGACUUUGACGAGUGGAUCAUGCGCAUGACUGGCGAAGGUGUGGCCGACAUUUUCAUGCGCCCAUACAACUACAAGGUCUGGGCUGUGCCGACGACCAAGAUGCAAUGCCAAUGGCUCGGUGAGCGGGUGGCUGCACCAGAUGUCAAGUUGGUGACAAGGAACGUCAUUCUCGGCAAGGUGGCUGGCAACUGGGGUCCCAACGCUACUUUCCGCUUCCCGGCCAAGGAUGGCACUGGAGGUAUCUGGAUUGCUGUGGCCAACACGCUGCCUGAGGAGAAGAAGCGCUUCGGCAAGCAGGGCGAGGUUAGCAAAGUUGACGCUGAGAGCAAGGUCGUCACGCUCGCCGAUGGUACCACCAUCGGUUAUGGCAAGCUCAUAUCAACCAUGCCUGUCGACCACCUCGUCGAGAAGAUGGGUCGUCAAGACCUCGUGUCGCUUUCGCAAGGUCUAUUUUUCUCGUCAACCCACGUGAUCGGAGUUGGCCUCCGGGGUGAGCGUCCUGAGCGUAUCGGGGACAAGUGCUGGCUUUACUUCCCUGAGGACAAUUGCCCCUUCUACAGGGCGACUGUCUUUUCCAACUACUCACCGUACAAUCAACCUGAUGCCGAAAAGAAGCUGCCGACCAUGCAACUAGGAGACGGCUCUAAGCCCUCGUCGAGCGAGGCCAAGGGGGGUCCCUACUGGUCUAUCAUGCUUGAGGUGUCACAGUCGAGCAUGAAGCCCGUGGACGAGGAGAACCUUCUGAGGGACUGCAUACAGGGCCUUGUCAACACGGAUAUGAUCAAGGCCGACGAUGAGAUUGUAUCCACAUACCACCGCAAGUUUGAUCACGGCUAUCCCACGCCGACGCUAGAGAGGGAAGGCGUGCUCAAGGAGUUGCUCCCGAAGCUGCAGGACAUGGAUAUCUACUCUCGCGGACGUUUCGGCAGCUGGAGGUAUGAGGUCGGCAACCAGGAUCACUCAUUUAUGCUUGGCGUCGAAGCCGCGGACCAUAUCGUCACGGGCGCCGUGGAGCUCACCCUCAACUAUCCAGACUUUGUCAACAGCCGCCAAAAUAACGAAAGGAGGCUUGCUCAGCAAGGCUUCCGCCCCCAGGCCAACGGUGUGCCACUUAGAUAA